GCCCCGCGCCAUCGCUAGGCGACGUGCGCUUUUGCCGUGGCGUGCUGUCCGCGAGGGCAGCUGAGGUGGUGGCGGCGGCCGCCUUGUCGAGGCAUCGCGCGCCCGUGCAGUGUUCUCCGUCAGUGCUGUUGGGUGCCUGGAGCCGCGUCCCCCGUCCCGAAAACUGUCCUUGACAGUACUUGCGCGGCCCAACGGCCGCCGGCGCCCCCGCGUCUCCAUGGCGACGGCCUUUUUCCCUGCGAGGACCCCGGCGGCAGGGCUGCCCCGCGGCGCCUGCUUGGCGCGACGCUCUAGCGGUUACCGCUGCGGGCUGGCUGGGCGUUGUGGGGCUGCGCGGCUGCCACGGAGCUAGAGGGCAAGUGGGCUCGGCCCAGCGUGCAGGGAACGCGGGCGGCCAGACAACGGGCUGGGCUCCGGGGCCUGCGGCGCGGGCGCUGAGCUGGCAGGGCGGGUCGGGGCGCGGGCUGCAUCCGCAUCUCCUCCAUCGCCUGCAGUAAGGGCGGCCGCGGCGAGCCUUUGAGGGGAACGACUUGUCGGACCCCUAACCAGGGGUAUCUCUGAGCCUGGCGGGAUCCCCGGAGCGUCACAUCACUUUCCGAUCACUUCAAAGUAUCCAGCGUCUGUGUGCAAUUUCGUUUUGAGAAUUCCUUCUAACCAGAUCAGGAAAGCUCUCUUACCAGGAAUAGCCCCAGGAAAGACAAUAUGGAUUAGACGUACUCCAUGAUAACUGGCGUUUUGCAUGGUUAAAAACUAAUAUUUAUAUGACAGAAGAAAAAGAUGUCAUUCCGUAAAGUAAACAUCAUCAUCUUGGUCCUCGCUGUUGCUCUCUUCUUACUGGUUUUGCACCAUAACUUCCUCAGCUUGAGCAGUUUGUUAAGGAAUGAGGUUACAGAUUCAGGAAUUGUGGGGCCUCAACCUAUAGACUUUGUCCCAAAUGCUCUCCGACAUGCAGUAGAUGGGAGACAAGAGGAGAUUCCUGUGGUCAUCGCUGCAUCUGAAGACAGGCUUGGGGGGGCCAUUGCAGCUAUAAACAGCAUUCAGCACAACACUCGCUCCAAUGUGAUUUUCUACAUUGUUACUCUCAACAAUACAGCAGACCAUCUCCGGUCCUGGCUCAACAGUGAUUCCCUGAAAAGCAUCAGAUACAAAAUUGUCAAUUUUGACCCUAAACUUUUGGAAGGAAAAGUAAAGGAGGAUCCUGACCAGGGGGAAUCCAUGAAACCUUUAACCUUUGCAAGGUUCUACUUGCCAAUUCUGGUUCCCAGCGCAAAGAAGGCCAUAUACAUGGAUGAUGAUGUAAUUGUGCAAGGUGAUAUUCUUGCCCUUUACAAUACAGCACUGAAGCCAGGACAUGCAGCUGCAUUUUCAGAAGAUUGUGAUUCAGCCUCUACUAAAGUUGUCAUCCGUGGAGCAGGAAACCAGUACAAUUACAUUGGCUAUCUUGACUAUAAAAAGGAAAGAAUUCGUAAGCUUUCCAUGAAAGCCAGCACUUGCUCAUUUAAUCCUGGAGUUUUUGUUGCAAACCUGACGGAAUGGAAACGACAGAAUAUAACUAACCAACUGGAAAAAUGGAUGAAACUCAAUGUAGAAGAGGGACUGUAUAGCAGAACCCUGGCUGGUAGCAUCACAACACCUCCUCUGCUUAUCGUAUUUUAUCAACAGCACUCUACCAUCGAUCCUAUGUGGAAUGUCCGCCACCUUGGUUCCAGUGCUGGAAAACGAUAUUCACCUCAGUUUGUAAAGGCUGCCAAGUUACUCCAUUGGAAUGGACAUUUUAAGCCAUGGGGAAGGACUGCUUCAUAUACUGAUGUUUGGGAAAAAUGGUAUAUUCCAGACCCAACAGGCAAAUUCAACCUAAUCCGAAGAUAUACCGAGAUCUCAAACAUAAAGUGAAACAGAAUUUGAACUGUAAGCAUUUCUCAGGAAGUCCUGGAAGAUAGCAUGUGUGGGAAGUAACAGUUGCUAGGCUUCAAUGCCUAUCAGUAGCAAGCCAUGGAAAAAGAUGUGUCAGCUAGGUAAAGAUGACAAACUGCCCUGUCUGGCAGUCAGCUUCCCAGACAGACUAUAGACUAUAAAUAUGUCUCCAUCUGCCUUACCAAGUGUUUUCUUACUACAAUGCUGAAUGACUGGAAAGAAGAACUGAUAUGGCUAGUUCAGCUAGCUGGUACAGAUAAUUCAAAACUGCUGUUGGUUUUAAUUUUGUAACCUGUGGCCUGAUCUGUAAAUAAAACUUACAUUUUUCAA